GAGAUCGUGAAGAGAGAGAGGUUGCAGCUGCCGUCGUUCUCAUUGGUUCCCCACAAGCACCGAGUCAGCUAUGACGUCACAAAGGAUCGCCGUCCUCUUCAUCGCCGCCAUCUUGAGCGUCUCGAUCACGCCCGCAAUAGCUAAAGAACAUGAAAAAUCACUGGUAUCUUCAAAUACAAAACUCAAAGAACCCGCGGCAUCUACAUCUGCAGAGGAGGAGUCGACCAACUGGUGGAAGAUUGGUGCCAUGGCAGCCGGAGGAGUGGGCGCCGUUGCUCUGGCCCCAGUGGCAAUAGGAGCCGCGGGCUUCGGCGCUGGAGGGAUCGCCGCUGGAGGGAUUGCCGCCAAGCUCAUGGCCUUGGCCGCGGCCGCCAACGGAGGUGGGGUGGCGGCCGGAGGGAUCGUGGCCGGGCUGCAGGCCGCCGGAGCGGCUGGGCUGGGUUCUGCAGCUCAGGCUGUCGUGGGGAUUGCCGGGGCAGCCAUCGCCAAGGUUGCGGUGGACGUCUUAGAAGAGAGUAUAGGGAACGAGGAGGAGGAGGAGGAGAAGUAGGAAGGUAGCAAGGUAGUCGUGGUGGACGUCUCGAACCUGUGUAGAAGGAAGGAGGAGGAAGGCAAUGAGAGGGUGGGGGGGGGGUGAGUGUUGAGAGGGCAGCGCUGAGAGAGCAGCGCUGAGAGGGCAGUGUGCGUGCACAGUGUGGCUGGCUAAAAAUUGCCAGGAUUCAGAGACCUCUCAUUGGCACGGUCUGCUACGGUGCGGCAGCAGCUACUCUGCCUUCUCCUGCCUCUAGUCCUCUCCUUCCUCUUAUUCCUCUCCUGCCUCUCUCCGAUUUAGUCAGUCUAGAUGGUCUCGACUGUGUACUUGGUCUAGACGGUCUACUUGGUCGAGACGGUCUAGUCGGUCUUGGACAGUGAAGACAGUCUAAAUGGUGUAGACCAUAUCGUUGGUCUAGACGGUGUAGAUGGUCUAGACAAUAUAAACGGUCUAGAGAGUCUAGUUGGUCUAGAGAGUCGAGGUGUUCUAGAUGGUCUAGAUCAGGGGUCGGCAACCUACGGCUCCGGAGCCACAUGCGGCUCUUUACGGGCUGCUUCUUGACGAUAUGUACGUAUGUACAGUAUGUACUCAGAUGCAUUGCGGCUCUUGAAAUACUGAAUUUUGUACCGAAUUGGAAAGAAAUGGUUCUUCUUGUUAUUUUGGUUGCCGACCCCUGGUCUAGAUGGUCUAGACCAGGGGUCUCAAACUCAAAUUACCUGGGGGCCGCUGGAGGCAGUAUCUGGGUGAGGCUGGGACGUAUCAGGUAUUCCACAAAAAAAACUUUGCUAAAAAAAUCAAAACUUCUCAAAUGUCAUUACUAACAGUUAUUUAACUUCAAUGGGUUCUUCUGAACAUGAAUAGAAUAUUGAAGAACAUGAACGGUUCUUCUGAACAUGGCUUCUCUUGCCUACUUCUUGCUGCCAGAGACCUGGCAGCGCUUCCUCUCACAUAGCUGAGCCACAUUUGGCUUGAGGGAGGAAGCAGUUGAGACCCUCAGUAUGGCUUGAAGAUGAUCAUCAGUAAGUCUGGACCUGUACUUGGACUUAUUGAAGUUCAAGGUGGAGAAGAGCUUUUCACACAAAUAUGUGCUCCCAAAAAGGCACAUGGUCCGCUUGAACAUUUGGGAAAGCUCAGGGAAGCUGGGGUUCAAUUCUUGCAAAAAUUGCCCAAGCUUGUCUUCUUUUCCACUCACCUCCCUGAACUUGGCUUUGAGGUCAGAGUUGCACUGCAGGUCAAUGAGCUCCAUUUGAAGCACAGGAGGGGCAUCUUGCACAUCAAAGGAGAAGGGAUCCGCAAAAAUUUGAAAAGUGGCUCUGUGCGUCUUGAAGUCUGCAAAUCUGUGAUAAAAUUCCUCCUGUAGCCUCAAAAUGGCAUCAACAUACUUCUCACCACUGAAUGGUGUGCCUGCAUUCAGGAGUGCCUUGCAUGCUGGGAAAUGGCAAAGGUUUGUCUGAGAGAGCUGGGCUUUCCAUAACACAAGUUUUGUGGAGAAUGCUCUCACGUUGUCAUAGGCAGCACUGACGAGCUGCCCCUGGCCUUGUAACUUCUUGUUCAGUACAUUCAGCUCAUGCGUGAUGUCAACAAGAAAAGCUAAGUCCAUGAGCCAUUUAGGAUCACUUAGCACAGGAACAGCCACCCCAUCCUUCUCCAUGAAGGCUUUCACUUCUGCUCUCAACUCAAAAAAUCUCUUCAAGACGUUUCCCCUGCUGAGUCAACGUACCUCGGUGAAGUAGAGCACAUCCUCAUAUUCUGACUCCAUUUCCUCUAAAAAAGUACGGAACAUCCGGUGCUUUAAGCCCCUGGAUCUGACUUCGUUGAUGCAUUUCACAACAACAGACAUCACAUUGUCAAACUUCAGGCAUUUGCUGCAAAGGGCCUGCUGAUGGAUGAUGCAGUGCAGAGCAAUGGCCUCCUCCACACCCUCCUCUUCUAGUUUUCUUUGAACAAGUGCCACCAGUCCAUUUUUCCUCCCUGUCAUUGAUGGCGCUCCGUCGGUUGUUAUUCCAACAAACUUCUUCCAUGGCAAACCGGCACUCACAAUGGCAUCACACAGCUGGCAAAAUAUCUCCUGAGCGGUGGUGUGGCCAUGCAUUGGAAUUACUGUGAGCAACUCCUCCAUCACUUUAAAAUUGUCAUCAACACCACGGACAUAUAUUGUGAGCUGGGCAGUGUCAGUGAUGUCUGAACUCUCGUCAAGAGCGACUGAGUAUGCAUUGAAAAAUUUGGCUUUCUCACGCAGUUGAUCAUAAAUGUCACUUGACAGGUCAGAAAUGCGCUCUGCCACGGUGUUAGCAGAAAGGCUGAUGUUGCCAAACUGUCCUUUCUUUUCCAAACAGACUAUACUUGCAGCCUGUAAGAUGCACUUUUUGAUAAACUCGCCUUCUGUGAAUGGAUUUCCUGCCUUAGCAAUCAUCUCACUAACCACGUAGCUUACUUCGACUGCUGCAUUAUUCUCUUUGGUUGCUUUCUUGAAGACAUUUUGUUGCCUCAGUAGACAUGUUUUAAGAUUGGCAACCCGGUUGGCUCUCUCAUCUCCCUGGUAUUUUGCAUACUCCUCAGCAUGUAUAGUUGUGUAAUGACGUUUGAGGUUGUAUUCCUUGUGCACCGCAACUUUUUCUGUACAAAUAAGACACGUCGGGGUGCUCAUGUGCUCAACAAAGAAAUAUUGCAUCUCCCACUUUUCCUGAAAUUGUCUGUGCUCGUCACCAACCUUUCUCUUCACUGCAAGCUUUGAAAAAGACAUGAUUGGGGCUGUGUGACAAGAUAUAUAUUCAUUCCACUUGCUGUCGCUCCCGCAAUAAAGUUUCAGUCAAGUGUUUAGCCAACCAGCGACGCACGGAGACGUAAUUUCCGCAAAUGCACGUCAUUUCCGCUUUUUCCGGUAACAACAGGUGCGUAGAUUAUGGGGGGGGGGGGGGGGGGGGUAAUGCGUUCCCAUCAGAUUUCGUCCCCACACCCCAGUCACAGGCAGACACAGCUGUAGCGGCUGCUACUAUACACGCUUCUCUGUUCAAAGCACGGGGAUCUGAGCCGGGAUGAGCUGUGGAUCUGCGCUUUGACGCGCUCCACAGUGGAGAGCCGAAAGAAGGAGAGGAGAGGACUAUAUGAGGCAGCGUCAUUGUGUGACCACGGGGUUCAAAUGCUGCUGGCCACUGUCGGGGCUUUCGCUGCCUUCAGUCACAUCAUCACAUUUUUCUAUACAUUUUGUGCUUACUUUGUGCCGGCGUGUUGGCUUGCCUGCGUUCCGGGACUUAUUUGAGCAGAUCCGAUACCUCUUGUAUCGAAAAAAAUAUGAAUAUUAAAAAAAGUUUUUUAAGAAAUGAUUAAAAUAAAAUAUAACAAUAUAAUGUAAUCACUAGAAAAUUACGGAGCCCCUGUUGACAUCGGUGGAUGAAUUACUAAUUUGUGGCCACGCAAUAACAAGAUAAUCUAAUAAGUUAUAUAUAAAGCUUUCUUAACAACAGCAUCACAAUUUCAUAAAAUAAUAACAAAUGCAGACUUCUAAGAUGAACCAAAAAAUUAUUAUGCACAUCGUCAUGUACAGUCUGUGGCUCGGUGCGUAAAUGUCACCACCAGAGGAUGAGGGAAUUUAAAUCAUUAAAAUUCAUCCACACAUAUCAGGUGUAAAUAAUAAUGUAAAACAGCUCAGACUGUAAAAUAUUGAUAUUAGCUCAAUGACGUGUUAUAAACUGCUGCGGUUUAGAAUAAUCCGUCUGCGUAAAGAAGCUCCAAAAACCUCACAGCGCAGCGUGUGCGUAAAGGAGCCGUGGUGUCCCUUGAAUUUGCCUUCAAUUUAACAAAUUGUGUGUGUGUGUUCCGUUCGUUUUCUCCGCUGGACACAGAAGUCGCCUUUGCUCAAGAUGCCACUUUAUUAAUCACUGACACAAAGACUGAUACCGUCACUGCAGUAUAGCCUAAAUAAGUCCCACUGCAUUGUAAGUGUCAUGUGUGUGCUGUUUUAAGCGUCGUUUUACGUGCAUUCCGGGACCUGUGCUCGUCGUACCUGCGCUGUCAUAUAUACUUAGCGUUCCGGCACCUUGUGAUUUACAAAUGAAGCACUGGAUACAUCAUGACCUGCGCGAAAGAGGGCGGAAAACUAUGAAUUUUACCCUCCUGCUCUCCGCACAUCCAAAGCCACUCUUUUCUCUCCCGGCUCUCUCUCUCACUCACUCUCACACGUACACAAACACACACACACGACCCCGCCCCCCAUGUCACUCACAUGCAUGCCGCAUUCACUGGACAGGCACACAGUAGGAAACCAGAGCAUCAUAACAUUGUCCCACACAGCAGCUAACAGCGGGGUUGCUACAAUAUAAAACUCACGGGCCGCACUAACAUUAAACUUUCAUAUUAAGGUGGGGGCCACAAAAUAUCGUCCUGAGGGCCGCAAUUGGCCCGCGGGCCGCGAGUUUGAGACCCCUGGUCUAGAGAGUCGAGAUGUUCUGGAUGGUCUCGAUGGUCUAGACGGUCUGGUUAGUGUAGACAGUCUAGUCGGUCUAAGACAGUGUAGAUGGUCUAGAUGGUGUAGACCAUCUCGUUGGUCUAGAAAAUGUAGAUAGUCUAACACAGUAUAGACGGUCUAGAGAGUCUAGUUGGUCUAGAGAGUCGAGAUGUUCUAGAUGUUCUAAAUGGUCUAGAUGGUCUAGAUGGUCUAGAUGGUCCAGAUGGUCUAGUCAGUAUAGACGGUCUAGAGAGUCGAGAUGUUCUAGAUAUUCUAGAUGGUCUCGAUGGUCUAGUCAGUAUAGACGGUCUCGUUGGUCUAGACAGUGUAGAUGGUCUAGUUGGUCUAGAUUGUGUAGAUGUUGUAGAUGGUCUCGUCAAUGAAGAGGGUCUUAGUCGGUGAAGAUUGCCUAGGUGGUCUAGACGGUGUUAGUGCUGAGUGCUGCACUGUAGUGUGGGAGUUUGGUUCUUCAUCAUCGUGGUCUUGGGGGCUGUGUUCACUUUACUCAGUUACUCUCUCAAUAAAAUGUAUUCACAGCGGC